AUGGAGAUUACUUUUUCCCUCAGAAGAAAAGAGAUUGUGAUGGAAGAGCCUCUUGUCUUGGAUGUCCAGAGACAAUGGCCCGCAUUGUUUUUGCCUGAACAGAUUUCUGCUGAAUUUUUCCGGAUCACACAAACCCACCUGAUGAACCGAUUCUUCUCAUCUUUGGAUGAGUAUGCGCCUAAGAUUAUCAGGUUGUACAGGGCACGCGCUGCGCUGUGGGGAAAAGAUAUGAAGACCCUGUUGGAGAAUCUUGACGAUCAGAUCACAGAAGUACUUGCCCACCGAAAAUCUGCUGCUCUUAGAGGUCUGCCGUUGAUCAUGAGGGAUGAGUCUAAAAGUUUCCUGAGAACCUGUCUGAACAUGCAGCCUCGAGAAAAUCAUGUUGGUGGCAUGAAGAUGGGAGUGUUAACCAUUGUUGAGGAUGAUGUUGGGACUGUUGACUCAAUCCCAAACGCGAGGUUCUUUACUGUGGUGCUUGAGGAACAGAUAGUCAUUGAUGAAGUUAUCAGGGUCAACUUGGUCGUGUCCUGCAACAGCGUCAUAGUGCACCCACAACCCCCCUUUCUACAGCGGUGUACGGUACAGAUGUGGGAGUACCUGGUGGGAACCACCAAGCAUCCUUCCCUUUAG